AUGCCGACAUCCCUGCUUCCACCCUUGCCAGUUUACGAUGAUGUGACUCCUGACCUACCACCGCCAACGUUUGAGGAGGCACGCGCCAAGCCAGCGGAUUCAGUGCUGACCUCCAUCAUACCCCCGCUACGAAUAGCUGUACUUAACGAUCCUGAGUGCAACCCCAUACAGCAACAGCCUCCACCCACCUAUACCUCUGUAUCGAAUUCUCCUGCUGCGGAUUUCCCUACUGAGACAAUAUAA